UCCUUCUUCCUCCCGGCGUCAACCUCACUCCAAACACUUCAAUUACCGGGGCCUUUACUUCCCCCCGCUUCGAUCCACCACUCGCUCCAACCCUAGAAUCAAAUCCGCUGCCGGCGAACCGCAGAGCUUCAAUCGCAGCCGCGGCCGAUUUAGAGCCGCCUGCCGCUGUUUCUAGCGCCGGAUUUGGGGGUUCCGCGCGAUGUCUUGGGCCGGGCCCGACGAGAUCCUCCUCUCCACCUCCCUAGCCGGCUUCUUGGACAAGAAACUUAUUGUCCUACUACGAGAUGGAAGAAAGCUGCUUGGCACCCUCUGCUCAUUUGAUCAGUUCGCGAAUGUUGUUCUUCAGGGUGCUUGUGAACGAGUAAUUGUAGGCGAACUAUAUUGUGAUGUCCCUCUUGGACUAUAUGUGAUCCGGGGAGAGAAUGUUGUAUUAAUCGGAGAAUUGGAUCUUGAGAAGGAUGAACUCCCUAGUCACAUGACCUGUGUUUCGGAGGCUGAAAUAAGAACGGCUGAGAAAGCAGAAAAGGAAGCAAGAGAUCUGAAAGGCACAAUGAGAAAAAGGAUGGAGUUCCUCGAUUUCGAUUAACAUAUCCAUUAGUCUUAUUGAUUGAUAGGUGUUGCUCCCUCUGUCGCUGGCCGAUUUUUAAUGGCGGCUUUGCUAUGUCGAUGGGUAAAUGAAAGCCCCUGAUUGCACUCUCUAUAUCAUGCCUCUUGUUUAAUCCAGAUGCUAUGGACUGAUGGCCUCAGAAAACAGCUUCCUUUUCAGUAGCGAUUUAUCUUGUGUUC